AUGCUGCAAAAUAGGCUCCGCCCAUUGCAGAGCCUCCAACCAACCUUCGACGGAGAACUCAAUAUGUCUACAACUGCGAUCCGAGUGUUCCGUAUGCAACUCAUCAUUCACCGCAAUCGUCGCCAAAUACGGAUUCUUAACAUCGAACGGAGGCCGCGGACGUUCAUAAGCUCCAAGUCUUCCAAAUUCUCCCUUGAACAACGCCUUGCCCUCCUCAACCGGUUCCAUUUGAUACUGCCGCAUCGUCUCCGCCUCCGUAUUGAGUUCCCAUCCGAAUUCCUCGGCAACUUUCGGCAAGAAUGCCUCCCGCCAAAUCAUGAAAUCCUCCUCAAGAUUCGCGUCGUCAUCUCCCAAUCCCAUAUGGAAAAUCCUCUUGGCUCCGAGUUUCUCGAGCUGUUGAUCCAUCUGCUUGCCGAUUUCAUUGAAAUGCUCAUAAGUCUUAUUUCCGAGUCCAAACACGGCGAACCGUACUCCCGACAGAUCACAAUCGCCCGCAUUCAAAUAUUCGACUAG